AUGAAUCUUAAGAUAUCUCCAAAAAUCAUGAUGUUAGUAUCGCUGCUUUGCAUUCUGAUCCUUUGUCUGCCUAUUCACCAAGCAAGAGCCGAGUUUACAUACACGGAAUCUGAUCCAACAUUAGAGCUGAUCAAACUCGAAACGUACAAGGACGAGACCACCGUCGUUCGUGUCAUCAAAGAUCUUAAAAAUGGAUGCUGGGAACCGGCGAUAAGAUUGCGGAUUAUAUAUGCAAAUGGCACAGUAACGCCGCUUGAUAUUUAUUCUGAUGCUUUGGGAAUUCCUGAGUGGAAUUUUUGUAGGACUGAAAUGGGUUAUCAUCGCAUUAAAGGAAGUUACGGGUUGCGAUUGUACAGCUGGAUGCCAAAUUACGUGCUCAUAACGUACAUGAAUGGGACGAGCUACGACGACCAGGAAAACAUGUCUGUUUUUGCCAAAUUAAUCUCUUGGUCAGGAAAAGUAAUUGGCAAUGAAUAUCUCGGGCCUGUUUACAUCGUGAAUAAAAUAAUUCAAUAUCCGAUUGAAACUCAUUUUGAUCGCGUACAACCUGAGCGGGGGUUCUUUUACGCCGAUUUCUUAAGUGAAACCAAUUACAUAUUUUGGGUACAUUUCAGCGCACCAGAUGAAAAUGGAACGAUCAAGCGCCUUAGAGAUGGUACGAUCACCCUACAAAAUAUGCAAUACGGAAGUUUCUUCUAUACCAUUCCAACGCUAGGAGGUGGUGAUUUUGGUAUUGUGAUUGUGAAUUCUACUGUCGCAACCGAAAUUCCCAUUGACCAUGGAGGUGGUCCGCUAAAGAAGCAAUUGGAAACAUAUGCUAUUUUCAUUUCUUCGGAAACUUAUGAACAACGGGGUCCUUAUUUCAUACAUCAUUUCGGAGCCACCCCAGCUUUAGCUCUAAGAGAACUUGCUUGUGGAAUUGAGUACUACGAGUUAAAAUAUAAUUGCUUUUUGGUGGUUAGAACUAACCUAACCGAAAGAAGUAAUUUUUUAACACGGCUCACAUUUACCGUGACCGGUUCAAAAAUCGAUGAGAAGACUUAUGAAAAUAACGAGAUAAAUUCACUAGACGUACACGAAAUAUACAUGGAGAGCUUGUAUUACGGAGGUUAUCUUUUAAUAUUGCACCGAUUCAACGAACUCGAUGACACAUUUGAGGACCUAUACGGUUACAUAUUUGACAGGGAAGCGAACCUGCAGGAACCUUGGCCACUUGGCAAUCCAACAGCGAGACCAGCAUUAGGAAGACGAUAUGGAAUAUUAUUCCAAAAUAAUACCCUUGUGUCAAUUAUUCAAAAACCAGGCGAUCCAACUUGGACAUUGGAAUCAAAGCCUUUAAAGAGUUUCGUUGUUCAGGAACCAUACGAAAAUCCGAACGUCAUUACUACGGAUCCACCGAACAAUUCUAAAAUUUCUUUAAGAAAAGAGAGCAUUACGAUCACUUUUAAAAACGAAAUAUAUUUGUCCACGGGCAACAUUACAGUAUUUCAAUUGGAAAACUCGGAGAAAAUAUUAAAACAAACCCACCCCGGAACACAUCCAAAUUGCAUCCUUGGAAGUGACCGGAAAACUGUCACAAUCAACAUGCUGGAAUCCAAUUUUAAUAUCCCAAAUGGGACAUAUACGGUGGAAAUUGCCCAUGAAUUUUUUGUGGAUAAGCAAACUUUGUUAGCCCCUUUAGGAUUACGAGCAGGAAGUUGGAACUUCACUACUGAAAAUACUUUUGAUGAAUACCCUGAUUCCGUUGACGUCGUUCUUGGACUCACAAGGGAAGCUUCUGCUAACUUUAAGAAGUUAACAGAUCCUAAUAGGGCCGCAUUUAUGAAUCAAUUGUCGAUUGAUUUGACGAAAACUAUUCCGACAGAACCCAGAAGAUUCAUAGUAGCUAAAGAAAUUCAAAAUUAUGAUAAAAGUUCUAGAAUUAUAAUUUCCCUCAAGAUUCGAGAGCGAGAAGGUCCAUCGAAUUUGAACGGAAAAAUGAUCAUCAGAGAUUUGGAUACCCUAAUUCGAAACAAGGCAAUUACUGCGAUAUCACGCUUUGAAUCAACCAGCAUGCUUGACGAAGAAUUUGGAAGUGCCAUUAGAACUUUCUUUGCGAUUCUUUUGCUCCUAAACUGUUGUUCGUGUUGUAUCCAGGCAGACAUUUCGGACAUUUUUGUAAUGAUUAAGAUUUCUUUGGCGACACUUGAUUUUAUAUUUGAUAUAUGGUUUAUUGCAACCUAUAGCUUUGAUUUUAAAUUCACUCUUGUUGGAAGCAUCGUAGUUCUCGUUGUUCCAUGGAUAUUUAACAUAAUUGCAUUCAUAAAAGUUUCCAAAGCAGAUCCCAGUAAACCGACGGGGUCAAAAUAUAUUGGAUUUAUUUAUCACAUACUUGGCUUCAUUGAUGUUGAAGCACUUAAACUAGUAAAGAGCAUAACGAAUUCAAGCAAUUUUCUCAAGUAUUCUUAUUGGAUGAAAUUCGCUCUCCAAGAUAUUCCACAAUUAAUGUUUCAGAUUUUGUAUUUUGUGUUUGCUAUCAAAUACAAUACUCUGAUAACUAUAUCGAUCAUUCUCAAUAGUUUGUUGAUUUUCCAUAGUGCUGUUGUUAGACUAAUUGUAAAUAAAUAUCUCCCGAGAUCGAACCUUCCUAUAAUACAACCGCAAAUCCAAGAAUUGGGAGAUAAAGUUAACGACAACACAUCAAAAUAA